AUGGACGGUAUGACCUCGAAGAAGAACGUUUUUGUCAUCGGUGCCACAAACAGACCCGAGCAGCUCGAUGCUGCCUUGGUGCGUCCCGGCCGUCUCGACACGCUGGUCUACGUCCCUCUACCCGACCAGGCCUCUCGCCAGGGUAUCCUCAAGGCCCAGCUCCGCAAGACUCCUGUCGCCGGCGAUGUCGACCUCGAGUUCAUUGCCAGCAAGACCCACGGAUUCUCCGGUGCCGAUCUUGGUUUCGUCACACAGCGGGCUGUCAAGCUUGCCAUUAAGGAGUCUAUCACUGCUGAAAUUGAGCGCCAGAAGCAGCGCGAGGCUGGUGGUGAGGAUGUUAAGAUGGAGGAUGAGGAGGAAGAGGACGUGGAAGACCCUGUUCCUGAGCUCACACGGGCUCACUUCGAAGAGGCCAUGAAGUCUGCCCGGCGAUCCGUCAGCGACGUGGAGAUCCGCCGCUACGAAGCUUUCGCCCAGAGCUUGAAGAACUCUGGCGGCAGCACGUUCUUCCGCUUCCCCUCUGCCAACGAGGCUGCGGAUGAGUCCAACACAUUCGGUGAUGCCGGUAAUGAUGACAGCCUCUACGACUAA